AUGGACACCCCACCCAUGGCCUCAUCGUCCCAUGGUCGUGCGCUAGAUGGUGACCAUGAGCCUCCUCAACCCUCUACGUCCACCACAACCCCCACGGGCUCCACGUUGGACCUAGCUCCUCUCCGACUGUACCUCAACCAACUCGUACCCCUCAUUCUGGGCGCACGGCCCUCGGAACUUGAACCCAUGUACAACGACCCUUCGUUCGAAGCGAUCGUCACCAAGUGGGCGAAUGAACCGAGUCAGGGGAGUGUGUACGUCGUCAAGUCGAGAAUCGAACCUGACGACGAUGAGGAUCAGCUCGAGCAGUCACGAGGUACGCGCCGGAGUCAGCCUUCAGCCUGGACCACACAGUUGUGGGCACUCUUCAACACGCAGAAAGGCACAACCACACAUUUGCAACAAGAACUGAUUGGAGGCUCGGAUCCCCCGCAGACGCCUCGGAUGCACCGACCUAUUCGUUCCUGCUCGCUCCCGUGCUCUCCUAUUCUAGCACCCAAGCGGCGACCUUGGCCCUGAUCAAGCACUCGUCGACGCUCGACCCGAGUCUCCCCCUCUCGACCCAACUCCAUUGCCUCAACCUUUUCGGUCCCGCAGCUUCGGCCUCCUCAUCCUCCAGUACCUCGGCUCUGAGCCCGUCUUCAGAAUCUUCAGCGACCAACGUCGGAUCAACCGUCUACGAGGGUUUGCAUCGCCUUGUCCACUACGGUGUCGCACCUGCUUUCGAGGCGUUCGUCGAGAGUAAAGCGAUCAAGGAGAAGCAGUUGGAGCUGGCGAGUGGCAGAAGUCGAAGGCGACAGGACGACAACAAGGAGAACGACUCCAAGUUGGGCAUCCCCAUGACCAAGAAGAAGUUUGCCGAACUCGAAUUAAGCUUGUUGCACCGUACGUCAUCCGAGUUCGUCAUAAAGGUUACGGUGGAGCAAACGAAACUGAGCUCUCCAUUGGAACAUAAAUAGUCCAACAAAAUGUCGAGAUACCCGACAUCGUCUUGUCGAUCCACCCGACCAUCUCCGCCGCCAUCGCUUCGGCCCAAGCAGCCGGGGUCCAACCCUCGGUCGACCUGAUCGACGCCUCGAUCCUCGAAGACUCGACUUUCCUCAACAAACUACAGUCCGAAGUAAACUCGUGGAUCAAAGAGAUUCAAAACGUCACCAAACUCUCACGCGACGUCGCUUCGGGUACGGCUUCGCAAGAGAUCAAUUUCUGGCUGGCGAUGGAGAAGGCGUUGGAGAGCAUCGAGGAACAACUCAGAAGCGAUCCGAUCGUGUUGACGUUGGAUAUCCUCAAGACUGCAAAGAGGUUCCAUGCGACCGUUUCUUUCAUGUCUGAUACGGGGUUGAGGGGCGCGACAGAGAUUGGUGGGUUUGCUCGGAAAGCUGGCUCACCUCACGGAAAGCUGAUUCAACGCAGAGGAGUGCUCCCACAGUCACCAAGUACAACCAGUUGAUGAAGGAUUUUCCGUUGAACGAGUUGCUCGCUGCAACGGACCUCGCCAAGGUCCAGGACUCGUUGCAUUUGAUCUUUGGUCAUGUCAACAAGAAACUCAAGCUUUCGUGAGUGUCCAUGUGGUGACCCACUUAGACUGCGUUUCCUGAUUGAGCCGAUCUUGUGGUCCCGCGUCGCAGACCUUACCCGAUUCGACGCGCCUUACCUCUCGUCGAAGCCAUCUCCCAAGACCUCAAUGACCAACUGCUCAAAGUCCUCGGCUCGCAACGUCUGGCCUACCUCGACUACGCCGCUUUUGAACGUUCCAUGUCGGCAUGUUCGGCCGUCUUCCACGCGUGGGACGAAGGGCUCAAAGAGUUCACGACCGUUGCGCGUGACGUGACGAGGAAGAGGAACGAGAAAUUCAUUCCUAUCAAGAUCAAUGCCCGGCAUGCGGCUUUGCAGGAGAGGGUUGGAUAUUUCAGACAGUUCAGGAAGCAGCAUCAUCAGUUGCAGGUCAUGGUGGGACCGCUUGGGACUGAGGUCGGUGGUGCCAAGAGGAUCACGACCGGUGCGACGGCUGAGGGAGGGCAGGAAAGAUACGCGAGCGUCUUGAACGAUGUUGAUAUGGAUGCCGAGGUCAAGCUGGCGUACGAGAACGUCAAAAACGUCGAUGUGUUGGAUGUCUCUUCCGGUGAGCAGCUAGUGAUCCCCCGUGGUUACAGCAGCUUUGUAUGCUAACGAGGCGAAUUCCCUCAUAGAGGGAACCGAGAUCUGGGUCACGGCCGAAACGAGCUACAACGAACGCGUUGCGCGAGUCGAGAACCAAAUCAUUGCUCGACUGAGGGACCGUUUGGCGAGUGCGAGGAACGCGAACGAGAUGUUCCGCGUAUUCAGCAAGUUCAACGCCCUCUUCGUACGACCCAAGAUUCGAGGUGCGAUUGCCGAGUACCAGUCCGAGUUGAUCGAUUCGGUCAAGGAAGAUAUCCGCGCCUUGCACGACAAGUUCAAGCGCUCGUAUGCGCAGUCCGAGGCGUACCAUAUGUCGCAACUUCGUGACCACCCACCUGUGUCGGGUGCGAUCGUUUGGGCCAAGCAGAUCGAACGUCAGUUGUUGGCGUACAUGAAGCGCGUCGAGGACGUAUUGGGUAAAGGGUGGGAGUUGUAUGCCGAAGGGACCAAGCUGCAAGCCGAGUCACAGAGUUUCCGUCGCAAGCUCGACACUCGACCCAUUUACGACGCUUGGUUGCACGACAUCCAACGCCGCAACUUGCAAAUCACGGGAAGGUUGUUCGACAUCACCAAGAGUCGAGCGCAGGGUGGGCAACUGCAACUCGUCGUCAAUUUCGAUGCGCAGAUCAUCACGCUUUUUAAGGAGGUUCGCAAUCUUGUUUGGUUGGGCUUUUCGGUCCCUCAUACAAUCUCCAAUAUCGCCAAAGAUGCUAAACGCGUGUACCCGCACGCCGUGUCGUUGAUGGAGACCGUCCGAACCUAUUCGCAAACAAUCGCCAAGCUCCAAGCCAAUCCUGGCAUCGCGGCGCUCGUCGCCGAGUUUCGAACGAACGCUCAGCAGCAGAUCACCAAGGGAAUGAAUGUGCGAUGGGAACACGUCGUCAACUCGUUCGAUUCGAGGCAUGCUCUAUCGACGUACCUCCCUGGCUCGAGUUCGACGACGAGCACUUCGAACGAUGUUGCGAUCGGCGGCGGAAAACAUGGCGUCUACGUGCGUGAAUUCGCCAGUGUCGUCUCCGCGUUCCAAGACCGCACGGACGCGCUCAUCGACAUGUACGCCGAGUUGACGCGCACGAUCGACAACCUCGCGACGUGCGCUUAUGACCCGACUGCGUUUGCGGCUUUGCUCGAGUCGGUGCAAAAGACAAUUGAUCAGCUCAAUCUGGAAGGGUACGCCAAUUUGGACGCUUGGGUCGCCGAGUUGGAUACCAAGAUUGAGGCGAUUUUGCUGACGCGGUUGAGGGCGGUCAUCGAUCGAUGGUGCGUCGAGUUCCGACGAGAGGCCGAGCAGGGACAGAGUGGUGGAGGGGAGGGGUCCGCCCCGAGGAAACGUGUCGCGACGAAUGCGGGUGGCGUGGUCAAGGAUGGUGCUGCCACCGCGACGACGGCUGGAGCGCCUGCCGUUGAAGGAGAUGGUCUGCAACUCGAAUCCGUUGUGCAUGAGAUCCGCAUUCAGAAUCAAGUCAUCUACCUCGACCCUCCGAUCGAACGAGCUCGUCAGAGCUGGUACUCGCAACUUCAUCGAUGGCUCGGCGUCUUAUGUGGUCUCAGGCGCAUCCAAUCUUCGCGGUACGAGAUCGGUCUCAAGUUGCGCUCCUCGGCCGCUCAACAACCCGCCAAUUACAUGGGUUUGUUGAGUCAAUUGACGGAUGGUACGCUCGAGAAACCCUUCGCGCUCGUCGAGGACAAGUUGCGCGAGAUCUUGCAGUAUGUCAACAAGUGGCUGCAGUUCCAAUCGCUCUGGGACCUCGAGUCGGACUUCGUCUCUGCACGCCUGGGCGACUCGCUUGCUUCGUGGCAACAGUUGUUGCUUGAGAUUCGUAAGACGCGUGGGACCUUUGACAAUUCAGAGACACAGCGCUCGUUUGGUGUUGCCGUCAUUGACUACGAACAGGUUCAGAGCAAGGUCAACGCCAAGUACGAUACGUGGCAGCGCGACAUUCUUGGUCGUUUCGGAUCCAAGUUGGGUUCCACAAUCAAGGAGACCCAUGCGGCGAUCCAGAAAGCUCGACAUGACUUGGAGCACCAUUCGAUCGAGGGGUCUUCAACGGCUGCGACGGUGUCGUUCAUCACGUACGUUCAGGACGUCAAGCGCAAGGUCAAGCAAUGGGCGCCCAUGGUCGAGAUCUUUACGCAGGGGCAAAAGACGCUUGAACGCCAGCGCUACCAGUUCCCCAAUGAUUGGCUUCACGUCGAUCAGAUCGAAGGAGAAUGGUCUUCUUUCAAUGACAUUUUGGCGCGCAAGAACGCCUCCAUCCAGGAUCAGUUGGCGGGUUUGCAGCUCAAGAUCGUUGCGCAAGAUCAGAUCUUGCACAACCGCGUCAACGAGGUUGUCGUCGAUUGGGAAGCAAACAAGCCGAUCCAAGGGUCGCUCAAGGCUGAUGCGGCGAUGACGGCGAUCAACAUCUUUGAACAACGCGUCGAACGCCUCAAGGAUGAAUUGGACGAAGUUGCACGCGCCAAGGAGGCGUUAGAUCUUGAUCUCGUCAAGGACGAUCGACUCGAACCGGUUCGGGAAGAAAUUCGAGACCUCAAGGCCGUAUGGACGGCGUUGUCGGGCGUAUGGGCUCAAAUCGCCGAAGUGAGAGAGACGUUAUGGACCUCUGUCCAAGCUCGCAAAUUAAGGCAAUUGCUUGAUGGUCUCCUCGCGACGACGAGGGACAUGCCCUCCCGCAUGCGCCAAUACGCCGCUUUCGAAUACGUGCAGGAGGCAUUGAGGGCGUUGCUCAAGUCGAAUGCUCUGAUCGGGGACCUCAAGUCCGAAGCGUUGAGGGAGAGGCAUUGGAGGCAGUUGUUCAAGUCCUUGAGGGUCGGGGCGACGUAUUCCCCUAGUUCGAUGACCUUGGGUACGGUGUGGGAUUUGGACCUGAAGAGGAACGAAAGCAUCAUCAAGGAGGUGAUUGUGCAAGCCCAGGGGGAGAUGGCCUUGGAGGAGUUCUUGAAACAGGUCAGUUGGCGAUCGAUCAUCCAAGGAUUUGAGCUCAAGGACCUGAACUAAUCCAAGGGGUUUCCCUCUUUUUUGAUAGGUCAAGGAGACGUGGACCAACUACACGCUCGACCUCGUCAACUACCAGAACAAGACGCGCCUCAUCCGCGGCUGGGACGACCUCUUCUCCAAGUGCGGCGAGAACCUCAACUCGCUCACGGCGAUGAAACUCUCGCCUUACUACAAGGUCUUCGAGGAAGAUGCGUCGUCGUGGGAGGAUCGCUUGAACCGCAUCCACGUGCUCUUCGACGUCUGGAUCGACGUGCAACGGCAAUGGGUCUAUCUUGAGGGCAUCUUUUCCGGUAGUGCCGACAUCAAGCACCUGCUGCCGAUCGAGUCGCAGCGCUUCAACAACAUCAACGCCGAGUUCCUGACCGUGAUGAAGAAGGUGUUCAAAUCGCCGUUCGUGCUAGACGUGCUCAAUAUCCAAGGCGUGCAGAAAUCGCUCGAACGCUUGGCCGACCUCUUGUCCAAGAUCCAAAAGGCGCUCGGUGAAUACCUCGAACGCGAGCGUUCGUCCUUCCCCCGCUUUUACUUUGUCGGUGACGAGGAUUUGCUGGAGAUCAUCGGCAACAGCAAGGAGAUUGUGCGCAUCGGUAAAUUCCUCAAAAAGAUGUUUGCGGGGCUUUCGUCGAUCAAGCUCGACGACGAUAUCACGCGCAUCGAAGGCAUGGCCUCGAGGGAGGGUGAAGAGGUCAUGUUCUCGACCCCGAUCAUCUUUGCCGAACACCCCAAGAUUAACGACUGGCUCACGCGACUCGAGUCCGAGAUGAAGGUCUCCCUCGCCAAGCUUCUCGCGCGCGCUUAUGCCGACCUCGAGGCGUUCUACGUCGCCGAUUCGGGACUCGAUACGGCCAAGUUCCUCGCUUGGAUCGAUGAGUACCCUGCUCAGCUCGUUGUUGUUGCGGUACAAAUUGCUUGGACGCGCCUCGUUGAGUCUGCGAUCGAAGGCCGCAAGUCGCUCACUGAUGGCCCCCUCGCCACCACCUUGCGCGGUCUCGACGUCCUCGCCGACACGGUCUUGACCGAGUUGGCACCCAUCCAACGACGCAAGUGCGAGCACCUCAUCACCGAGCUCGUGCACGAACGUGACGUGCUUCGUCUGCUCGCGGCCAAGGGUGUUUCCUCGACCAAGGACUUCGAGUGGCUCUACCACAUGCGCUUCUACCUCGACAUCUCGCGCGAGAACCCGCUCGAGCAGUUAAGCGUCCACAUGGCCUCGGCGACGUUCACUUACGGGUUCGAAUACCUCGGCGUCCCCGACCGAUUGGUCCAGACGCCGCUCACCGAUCGUUGCUACUUGACCUUGACGCAAGCGCUCGACUCUCGACUUGGGGGAUCGCCCUUCGGUCCUGCCGGUACGGGUAAGACCGAAAGUGUCAAAGCUCUGGGUGUCGCGCUCGGUCGAUUCGUGCUCGUCUUCUGCUGUGACGAGACAUUCGACUUCCAGGCCAUGGGACGCAUAUUUGUCGGCCUGUGUCAGGUUGGAGCAUGGGGAUGCUUCGACGAGUUUAAUCGACUGGAAGAGCGCAUCCUUUCGGCUGUGUCGCAGCAGAUUCAGAGCAUUCAACUCGGUCUCAGUGCGGGUUUGACCGACCCCAAUGCCGAAGUCGAGCUCGUGGGCCGACACGUCAAACUCAGUCAAGACACGGGUAUCUUCAUUACAAGUAAGUGAAGCGACGCACCUCAAAGUUUUGCAUCUCAAACAAAACUCAUGAGUUUCUCGGCCGUCUUGACAGUGAAUCCUGGCUACGCUGGUCGAUCGAAUCUCCCGGACAACUUGAAGAAGUUGUUCCGUAGUAUCGCCAUGACCCGACCCGACCGCGAGCUCAUCGCGCAGGUCAUGCUUUUCUCGCAAGGUUUCCGCACUGCUGAGACGCUCGCUUCCAAAGUCGUUCCCUUCUUCAAUCUGUGCGCGGAACAGUUGUCGUCGCAACCGCAUUACGACUUCGGUCUCCGGGCGCUCAAGGCCGUCCUCGUCAGCGCUGGUCACCUCAAGCGCGAACGAUUGCAAGCCGCUGCAGCCGCCGCUGCAGGUGACGAGGACACGACGACCACGAUCUCGAGCGUCGAUAUCCAGGAACAAGAAAUCUUGAUCCAGAGUGUGACCGAGACGAUCGUACCCAAGCUUAUCGCGGACGACGUUCCACUCUUGACGAGUUUGCUCGCCGACGUCUUCCCUGGCAUCGAUUACGUUCCCGUCAAUCUCGACAAGCUCAAGGAACACGUCCUCGCGGUCAGCGCCGAGCGUCAUCUUGUCGCCGACGAAGCAUGGCUCCAGAAAGUCAUUCAGCUCUACCAGAUCCAAAACAUCCAGCACGGUCUGAUGAUGGUCGGUCCUUCGGCGACAGGAAAAACCUCGGCUUGGCGCGUGUUGCAAGCUGCGCUCGAGCGCUUGACCGGCAUCGAGGGUGUUUCAUAUGUCAUUGACCCCAAGGCGAUCUCCAAGGAAGCGCUGUACGGAACGCUCGACUCGACGACCCGCGAAUGGAACGACGGUCUGUUCACGCACAUCUUGCGCAAGAUUGUCGAUGAUGUUCGAGCCGAGAGCACCAAGCGCCAUUGGAUCGUGUUUGAUGGCGAUGUCGAUCCCGAAUGGGUCGAGAAUCUGAACAGGUGAGUGCAUGGAUGUGCGCUGGAAUUGCGAGUUUUGCUUUGCUGCCUCUUCUGAUCUAUCGGCACCCUCACAGUGUUCUCGACGACAACAAGUUAUUGACGUUGCCAAAUGGAGAGCGUCUCAAUCUGCCCCCGAACGUUCGCAUCAUGUUCGAGGUCGAGUCCCUCAAGUACGCCACUUUGGCGACCGUGUCACGUUGCGGUAUGGUCUGGUUCAGCGAGGAUGCGGUGACCCCUUCGAUGCUCUACCGCAACUACCUAAACUCGAUUCGCGCCGUUGCGAUCGACUCGGUCGAGGACGAUGCCGCUAUGUCUCGCCCCUCUGCGCGCGGCACCGGAGAAGAUCCGUCAGAAGUCUCGUCCAACCUCGCGACCCAAUGCCUCGUCGCCGAUAAGCUUGAACCGCUAUUCCUCGAUGCCGACGGUCUGGUACCGAAAGCGCUCGCCUUCGCCUCGCGCAUGGACCACAUCAUGGACUUCACAAGUAUUCGUGCGAUCACGACGCUCUUCUCGCUGCUCAACAAGACGAUUCGCAAUGUCGUCGAAUACAAUGCGCAGCACUCGGACUUCCCGCUUAGCCCCGAGCAGGUCGAGUUGUACGUCAUGAAGCGAUUCCUGCUCGCGAUCGUAUGGUCGUUCACCGGUGAUUCGAAGCUCGACACGCGGGCGAGCCUCGGCGACUUUUUGCGAGAGAACUCGAGUCUUGACUUCCCUCCCCUCGGACCGGGGUCGUCGCUCAUCGACUUCGACGUCCACGUUGGGUCCGGGGAUUGGACGUCUUGGCAGAGCGCCGUGCCGACGAUCGAGAUCGACACGCAUGCUGUCUUGUCGGCCGAUGUCGUCAUUCCUACGAUCGAUACGGCUCGUCACGAGGAGGUCCUGUACUCGUGGCUAUCAGAGCACCGCCCCUUGAUGCUCUGCGGUCCGCCCGGUUCGGGUAAGACGAUGACGCUGUUCUCGGCGCUGCGCAAGCUUCCCGACCUCGAGGUCAUCGGACUCAACUUCUCGAGCGCAACGACUCCCGAUCUCAUUCUAAAGACUUUCGAGCAACGCUGCGAGUAUCGCAAGACGCCGAACGGGAUCAUCCUCGCCCCGGCCCAGAUCGGUCGGUGGAUCGUCUUGUUCUGCGACGAGAUCAAUUUGCCGACGACGGACAAGUACGGUACGCAAAAGGUCAUCUCUUUCAUGCGUCAACUCGUCGAGCAAGGUGGCUACUACCGCACCUCGGACAAGGCCUGGGUCAAGCUCGAGCGCAUCCAGUUCGUUGGUGCUUGCAACCCUCCCACCGAUCCCGGUCGAGUGCCGCUCAGCCAUCGAUUCUUGCGACACGCGCCUUUGGUCAUGGUCGACUACCCGGGCGAAACCUCGCUCAAGCAGAUCUACGGCACGUUCGCGCGCGCCUUGCUCAAGGUUGUGCCGACAUUGCGAGCCUAUGCCGAGCCCUUGACGGCCGCCAUGGUCGAAUUCUACCUCGCCUCCCAGCGUCGUUUCACCUCGGACAUCCAAGCGCACUAUGUCUACUCGCCUCGUGAAUUGACGCGCUGGACCCGUGGUAUCUACGAGGCACUGCGCCCUCUCGACAGCCUGCCCUUGGAAGGUCUCGUGCGCGUCUGGGCUCACGAAGCGCUGCGCCUCUUCCAAGAUCGUCUCGUCACGGAGGAGGAGCGUCGAUGGACCGACGAAACAAUCGAUGCCCUGGCGCUCAAGCACUUCCCGACCAUCAAUCGCGAGGAAGCGCUCGCUCGCCCCAUCUUGUACUCGAACUGGCUGUCAAAGCACUACGUCCCCGUUGACCGCGAGCAGUUGCGGGAAUACACCAAAGCUCGACUGCGCGUCUUUUACGAAGAGGAGCUCGAUGUGCCACUCGUGCUCUUCAAUGACGUGCUCGAUCAUGUUCUUCGCAUCGAUCGAGUCUUCCGUCAAGUGCAAGGACAUUUGCUGUUGAUCGGUGUCAGCGGUAGUGGGAAGGUGAGUUGCGACCGUCCAGAUCACCCCACUUUGCGAGCUCAGAGCUGACCCUCUGUGCGUUCUUCUCAGACGACAUUGUCGCGCUUCGUGGCCUGGAUGAACGGGCUAAGCGUGUUUCAGAUCAAGGUGCACAACAGGUACUCCGCGGAAGACUUCGACGAUGAUCUCCGAAGCGUCCUGCGCCGCUCCGGUUGCAAGGGCGAGAAGAUCGCCUUCAUCAUGGACGAAUCGAAUGUGCUCGACUCGGGCUUCCUCGAACGCAUGAACACGCUGCUCGCCAACGCCGAGGUCCCUGGUCUGUUCGAAGGCGACGAGCACGCCGCGUUGAUGACGGCGUGCAAGGAAGGCGCACAACGUGAUGGUCUCAUGCUUGACUCGCCGGAAGAGCUGUACCGCUGGUUCACGACCCAAGUCGCCCGCAAUUUGCACGUAGUCUUCACGAUGAACCCUCCCGCUGACGGGCUCGCGUCUCGUGCGGCGACCUCGCCCGCGUUGUUCAAUCGAUGUGUGCUCGACUGGUUCGGAGACUGGAGCGACCAAGCCUUCUUCCAGGUCGGCAUGGAGUUCACCAACACUCUCGACCUCGACACGCCAUCGUACGCGCCGCCCGCAGCUUUCCCCGUCGCGUAUCGCCAGCUUUCCCUCCCGCCCGUGCACCGCUCGGCGAUUAUCAAUGCGCUCGUCUACGUUCACGCGUCGAUGUACGAGACGAACAGGAGACUGUCACGCCGCCAAGGCCGGACGAACCACGUCACGCCGCGCCACUACCUCGACUUCAUCAACCAGUACGUGCGCAUCUUCAACGAGAAGCGCGACGAGCUCGAGGAGCAACAACGUCAUCUCAACGUUGGACUCGACAAGCUGCACACGACGGUCGUGCAAGUCGAGGAGUUGCGCAAGAGCCUGGCGAUCAAGCGAGGCCAACUCGAGGCCAAGAACGCUGAAGCCAACGACAAGCUCAAGCGCAUGGUUGCCGAUCAGCAGGACGCCGAGCAAAAGAAGGUCGCUUCGAUCGAGAUGCAGGCCGCGCUCGAGACGCAGAAGAAGGAGAUUGCCGAGCGCAAAUCGCUCGUCAUGGGCGAGCUCGCCGAUGCCGAACCGGCCGUCGAGGAGGCGCAGUCCGCCGUCAGCAACAUCAAGAAGCAACAGCUAACCGAGGUGCGAUCGAUGGCGAAUCCACCCGAGGCGGUCAAGCUCGCGAUGGAGUCGGUCUGCACGAUCCUCGGGUUCCAGAUUGACAGUUGGAAGACGGUACAGAGCAUCAUCCGUCGCGACGACUUUAUUGCGAGCAUCGUCAACUUUGAUACGGCCAGCUCGAUGACCCGUCAUCUGCGCGAGAAGAUGCGCCGCGAGUACCUCAGCCGCCCGACCUUCAACUUCGAAACGGUGAAUCGCGCUUCUAAAGCCUGCGGUCCGUUGUGCAAAUGGGUCAUCGCGCAAGUCAACUACUCAGACAUUCUGGACAAGGUCGGACCCCUCCGUGACGAGGUCAUGGCACUUGAGAACCGCGCCGAGACGACGAAGCACCAGGCGUCCGCCAUCAUCACAAUGAUCGCCGAGCUGGAGGCUCGUAUCGUAUCGUACAAGGACGAGUACGCGCUUCUGAUCAGCGAAACUCAAAUGAUCAAGACCGAGAUGGAACGCGUGCAGCAACGUGUCGAUCGGUCCAUCACGCUGCUCGACAGUCUUGGAUCGGAGAAGACCCGAUGGGAGGCUGGAAGUAAGACCUUCGAGGUGCAGAUGAGCACCGUCGCCGGUGAUGUGCUCCUGUCGGCUGCUUUCUUGGCGUACGCCGGCUACUUCGAUCAGUACUACCGCGAGUCGAUGUGGUCUGGAUGGACGGCCCAUCUUGCCGAGGCUGGGAUCAAGUUCAAGCCCGAGCUGUCGCUGUCCGAGUACCUGUCGACAGCUGACGAUCGCCUGUCCUGGCGUGCCAAGUCGCUGCCCGAUGACGACCUCUGUACCGAGAACGCGAUCAUGCUCAAGCGCUUCGAUCGAUAUCCGCUCAUUAUCGAUCCUUCGGGCCAGGCUACGACCUUCUUGCUCAGCGAGUACAAAGACCGCAAGAUCUCCGUCACGUCCUUCCUCGACGAAGCUUUCCUCAAGAAUCUCGAGUCCGCGCUACGAUUCGGAACGCCCCUACUGAUCCAGGACGUCGAGCACCUCGACCCGAUCCUCAAUGCGGUGCUCAACAAGGAGCUACGUCGCGCCGGUGGCCGUGUGCUCAUUCGGCUCGGGAACCAAGACAUUGAUUUCUCGCCCGCCUUCACGUAAGUGACAAUCCGGAUGAGCGUCUGGUCCUUUGUUCAUGUGACUGAUAUGGGGAUCCUUGAAUGCAGGCUCUUCUUGUCGACGCGCGACCCUUCGACCGAGUUCCCCGCCGAUCUUAACUCCCGAGUGACGAUGGUCAAUUUCUCCGUGAGUGAUCGUAAACAGGACGAAAUAUUGCAAGCUUCGAUGACUGAUAUACCUCGCCCACCUGUCUCACCAGAUCACUCGUGCGAGUCUUCAAGCCCAGUCACUCAACCAGGUGCUGCGAGUUGAGCGGCCCGAGACGGAUCGCAAGCGGUCCGACUUGCUGCGCCUGCAGGGCGAGUUCCGCGCCAGGCUGCACCAUCUCGAAAAAUCGCUCCUGUCCGCUCUGAACGAAUCGCAAGGCAACAUCCUCGAUGACGACAAGUAAGUCAUCUCAUUACCGAAUACAUUUGAGGAAGCCCGCUGACUCCCUAGUGACGAUCAUACAGGGUCAUCGAGACACUCGAAACACUCAAGCGCGAGGCGGCCGAUGUCACGCGCAAGGUGGAAGAGACGGAUGCGAUUAUGGCCGAGGUUGAGCAAGUCACGAGCGAGUACCUGCCCUUGGCGCAAGCGAGCAGCUCGAUCUUCUUCAUUCUCGAUGAGCUCAACCUGCUCCACCACUUCUACCAAUUCUCUCUGCGCUUCUACCUCGACAUCUUCGACUAUGUGCUCUUGCGCAAUCCGUCGCUCAAGGGCGUGACCGAUCCUCAGCAGCGACUCUCGAUUCUCAUCGGAGACUUGUUCCUGCACGUCUUCAAACGCACUUCGCGUGCUCUGCUCCACUCCGAUCACGUCGCCCUCGCCGUCCUGCUCGCGCAAGUCAAGCUGCGCAACUCGAACAUCGCUUUUGACGAAUACGAGUUCAGCUUCCUCCUCGAAGGUGGCGAUGGUGCGCCGCCCGAGUCGGCACCGGAGGCGCGUUCGUCGCUCCUCGACUCGACUCAACAGCGUCGACUCCGAUCUUUCGCCCGUCUGGCCUCUUUCAAAGAUCUGCGCGAGCAUAUCGAAGCCAACGAGAAUGAAUGGAAAGCCUUCUUCGUUUCCAGUGCUCCGGAAACCGUCGUGCCGGAGAUCUGGUCGGAUGUGUCUCGUGAGUCCCGGCAGGACAUAAUGGUGCCAAUGGGAGUGGAUUAGCUGACUCCCCACAUCCCCCUUGAUCAGCACUGGUUCUUGCCUUACGCCGAAUUCUUAUCGUCAAGUGCCUGCGGCCCGAACGGCUGCUGCCUGCGUUCGGGGCCUUCGUCAACCUCGUUUUCGAGCGCGACAUGUUUGUCGAAGCGACCUACUCCCUCGAGAGCAUGGUCUCGACCGAGGUCGAUGCGGCGUCGCCCGUGUGCUUGUGCUCCGUUCCGGGCUACGAUGCCAGUUACCGCGUCGACAACCUCGUCGCUACGACCAACAUCAAGUGCGUUUCAGUUGCCAUGGGAUCGCAAGAAGGUUUCGCACUGGCCGACCAAGCCAUCGCCGCCGCCGCUCGCACGGGCCACUGGGUCCUGCUCAAGAACGUGCAUCUCGCCCCUUCGUGGCUCAGUCAACUCGAGAAGCGACUCCAGAGCUUGAAUCCGAACAAGGCCUUCCGACUCUUCCUGACCAUGGAGACGAAUCCGGCGAUCCCGGUCAACAUCCUGCGACAAGGACGAGUUCUGAUGAACGAGCCCCCGCCCGGUAUCCGAGCCAACAUUCUCGAGUCACUCAAGAGCAUCUCGCCGGCCCGCCUAUUGAGUGGCCCUGCUGAGAAGACGCGUCUGUACUUCUUGCUCGCUUGGUUCCACGCCGUCGUUCAAGAGCGUUUGCGCUAUGCCCCGCUGGGUUGGAGCAAGGUCUACGAGUUCAACGACUCCGAUCAAGAGGCGGCUCUGGGAAUGAUCGACUCAUGGCUUUCGGCCACCGCCAAGGGUCGCGCCAAUGUCGACCCCGCUCUCAUCCCGUGGGACGCAAUCCGCAGCCUAAUGCGCGAGUCUGUCUACGGUGGUAAGAUCGACACCGAGUUCGACCAGAUCCUGCUUGACAGCUUCGUUUCGUUCCUCUUCUCGCCGAGGGCUUACGAAGUCAACUUCGAACUCGUGCCGAGCGGGUCUGGCGAAGCCGGCCUCGUUAUGCCUGAUGCGACUCGAUUAGAGCAAUUCGUAUCGUGGGCGAGCGGCUUGCCCGAGCAGGAGCCCCCCUCGUACCUCUCGCUGCCGCCUUCGGCCGAAAAGGUUAUCGCGGUCGCUCAAGGGAAAGCCCUUCUUGCUCGACUGCUGAAGAUGCGUUCGCUCGACGACGACGACGAAACGGUCGCUGUAGACAUCAAGAAGACCGCCGGCUCCGCGUCGCAGCCGGCAUGGAUGCGAGCCCUUCGAGACUCGUGCACCGAAUGGCUCGAGCUUUUGCCUAAGGUGAGCUAUCUCGUCGCACUCAACUACUUCAUUCGCUCGUAUUGACCUUUGCAGCGUUUACAGACUUCGGUGGCCCUCGCAAACCGCAAUGUCGACUCGGUUCACGACCCAUUGGCUCGCUUCUUCGACCGCGAAUGCGCCUUGGGCCAGAGUCUGCUCGCGAAGAUCCGCCAAGACUUGACCAUGAUCAUCCGCGUGUGCGAUGGCGAGCAGAAGCAAACGAACGACAUCCGAUCGUUGCUGCAAGACUUGACGAAGGGAAGCGUGCCAUCGCCCUGGCGCCGAUACCGCUGUCGCGAUCUAGCUGCCGGAGCUUGGAUCGCCGACUUUGCUCAACGCCUCGCUCAACUCGUACGGAUUGUGGAAUCCGGCGGUAAACUCGGCUCGGCUCCGACUUCCCUUGGAUUGUUGUUCCAUCCGCAUGGCUUCGUUACAGCCUCUCGCCAAGCAAUCGCGCAUGCAACGCACACCUCACUCGAGCAAUUGAGUCUCCAACUCGACCUCGAGGAGACCGGUGCGCCCAGAGCGUACACCGUCGAAGGUGAGUCGAUGGUGCUUGGGCGAGUCGGAAGUGAUUCAGAUCGCCUUUGCUGAUUUCUGCCCUCCUAAUUUUCAGGCCUCGCGCUCAUUGGUGCCGAGUGGACGUCCUCACGCCUCGUGCUCAACGAUGGAUCGACGACACGCCUCGCGCCGUCGCAGAUUCGAUGGAUGAAGGCCGAGGAUACCUCUGCUGUAUCAAAGAAGGGCUCAAAUGUCGUUGGUAUUCCCUGCUGGCUCGAUGGCUCUCGCUCCGACGCGCUCUUCACCGUUCAACUUGACGCCGGUUCGACCGAUCCUAGCGCCCUCAGUCAACGCGGAGUUUGCAUCGUUGCGGCCCUGUACUAG